AUGGGAGCAAAGGCGGGAAUAGCGUUGAAGACCUUGCAGUGGUUUAACCGGGGCGUGCAGUUCCUCUGUUCCGGUCUCAUCCUGGGAAUCUUCUCGUACUUCCUGGCAACGUUUGCCAGCAACAGACUCGAGUCGCCGACAUGGGUCCGUGCCGUCGAGGGCAUCAGCGGUAUCGGCGCCCUGUACUCCGGGCUAGCCCUGGUUCUGCUUUGCUGUCUCGCCGGUCGUAAGUUUGUGGCGUUCCUUGCCAUUGUCCUGGACGUUGCCUUUGUUGCGGCUUUCAUCUACGUCGCCGUGCAGAACAGGGCCGGCACUGCGUCUUGCAACAAUGGUGUAGAAGGCACGCCGUUUGGAUCAACAACCAACUCCAACACCAGGAUCUCCGAUAAUGGAGGCCCGACAUUUUUCACUGUUUGCAAGCUCCAAAGUGCAUGCUUGGCUGUGUCUAUUGUUGCAAUUUUCUUCUUCAUCUUCUCCGCUGCAACUGAAGUUUUCCUAGCGCGCCACCGCCACAAGGAGAACCGCUUCGGCCCGAGCCCGGCCAACGACUACACUUCAGGCUAUGGCAAGAAGAAGGGCUUCCUGGGCUUCCUCAAGCGCUCUGGGACGACCAAGACCACCAACACCGAGGACCCGAAUGCCCUCCCAGCUCAUGCCACACCGGCCGACAUGCGUGAGCCCGUCGACCCCCCAAGGGCCGCCGAUCCCCGCGUCAGCUACGCAACCGAGACGACUGCCGUUGGUGACCAACCUGGCAUGGCCCACUAUGGACACAGCGGCGACACGGGCGCCUACCGCAACAAGUACGGCGACGAUGACGCCCUGCCCAUGAACCCGCCGCGGCCGCUGCACAACCCCUACGACAACAGGGCCUACGGGAGCAGCCCCUACGUCAACAGCACACAUGCCGCCUCUGGGGGCUUGCACUCGGCGAACAACUUCUCGCGUCCCGCGGCGGAAAACGGGGGUAGGGGCCAGAUGCCGAGGAAUUACCAGUACUCCGAUGGUGUUUAUGAUGCAUGA